UCAGUGAUCACAAUGCGGAUGCGACUGUUGGUUAUCUGGAUUUCGCUGACUGCCCUACUUCAAUGGAGCAGGGCCCAGGAGGAUAACAUCCAGGAGGUCAGCUUGAGUGGAGGUGCGGAAGGCGAAAGCCCAGAUAAGGAUGAAGAUCCUCUACCGGGGUCUCCUGGAGAAAGUCAGUUUUUAAACAGCACCACAGUUAUGACAACUGGCGAUACAAAACCAGCGGAAGGUAUUAUGGAUUCACUAGAUUUGCCAUCAGAUGACGGAGAAGUAGGAGAUGUAGAUAAAAAGCCAUCUGAUAACGAUAAAGAAGGAGACAUAGAUAAAAAGCCAGAACUUGAAGGAACAGAAGCGACUCUAGGUUCCGAAAUGGAUCCCAAACCAGAGGACCCUAAAACAGAGCCAGAAAUUAAAGGUACUAAUACACCCCAGCCAACUGAUCACUUAGAUCAAUCGCCUUCUGUUAAUCAAGACUCAUCCUCAGAAGUGGUUUCCGAAUCGCCCAAUAAGCCCCAAACUUCACCGGGAUCCCAUCUUUCAAACGUAACUGAUGAAGUUCCCACAAUGGAUUCCCAUCUUUCAAACGUAACGGAUGAAGUACCCAUACCGGAAUCCCACUUUCCAAACGUAACUGAUGAAGUUACCAUAACGGAUUCCCACUUUCCAAACAUAACUAAUGAAGUACCCAUACCGGAAGGAUCACCCGAUUACCCAGCAGAUGGAACUGGUCUUCAAGAAGAGACAACACCUAAACCCACGACUGGAACCGUGCCUCCGGUUUCCAUUCCCCCAUUACCCGCUCCAUUGAGUUGCUACUCCUGCAUGUUCUGCAAUGCAUCGAAUUUCAAUGAUACCAAGUCGUUGUGUCCACCGAUACCGGGAAAAAAGAACGGAUGCCGCACCAUUCUUGUGCGAGAUCCCUACACCAUGGAGGGUAAAAAAACAUAUAUUAAUCGAGGAUGUAUAUCGGAAUUGGAUGGCGCGUUUCUCACUUAUUGUAAUGAGAAUAAGGAGUUGUGCCCAACGUGCUAUGAAAACAUUUGUAAUGUUCACAACAUGACCCAAUUUGAAGAGACUCCUGGUUCUGCGUCUGCCACUCAUCACCUUUUGACCCCCUUCCUUAUCUCUACCAUUUGUUUAGCCAGUUGGCAAGGGCUUUAUUAGAAAAACUCCAACCUUUCAAUUCUGAGUCACAGCAAUUAAUUGGAAUAAUAAAGCUUUGUG